CUACUACUGCUGCUGCGGGGAGUGUACACACACCGGCUUCCUCCUCCUGUAGCGCUGUACAGGUGCCAUGCUGAAGGUAGCAGGGUGAUGAAUUAGCUGAGGGAUGUCCCUGUGGCUGCUCCUGUUCCUGUUUACACUCUCCUCACACUCGCAGGUAUCUCCGGCGCUGAAGGUGUUGCGAGAGCAAUGGGCGCUCUACAGGAACGAGUGUCUGCAGAGUUCCAGCGACAGCCCACCCGCUACAGGUUUGGUGUGUAACAGGACGUUCGAUCACUACACAUGUUGGCCCGAUGGCUCCCCCGGCUCCGUCGUUGACGUCUCCUGCCCGUGGUACCUGCCCUGGUACAGUAAGGUUAAGCAGGGCCGUGUGUACCGGGUCUGUGGUGCUGAUGGUCGAUGGGCUGCCAAUAAAAAUACCAGCGAGUGUGAUGAGAAUGAUCAAAGAAUGGAGGAGUACGGGCAGAUCCUCAGUAAAUUCAGGGUGAUGUACACAGUGGGUUACUCCCUGUCACUGGCAGCUCUGGUCCUCGCACUGGUGAUACUGGGAGCCUUCAGGAAGCUGCACUGCAUGAGGAACAACAUCCACAUGAAUCUGUUCGGCUCGUUCAUCCUGCGCGCCGUGUCCAUCCUGGUCAAGGACGCGCUGCUGGACCAGAUCAACACCGCGCACGCCGGACGCUACGGCUAUCAGGAGCAGAGCUUCAACAUGAGGAUGAUGGCCGGCUGUCGCGUUGCCAUGGUGAUGAUGCAGUACAGCGUGAUAGCGAACAACUACUGGCUGCUGGUGGAGGGUUUGUACCUGCACAGUCUGCUGGUCGUAACCGUCUUCUCGGAGAGGAACUACUUCUGCGUCUACCUGUGUAUUGGCUGGGGUGCACCGGUGAUAUUCGUGUUGCCGUGGGUAACGGUGAAGUACCUGUACGAAAACGAACUGUGCUGGGAGAAGAAUGUAAACAUGGGCUACUGGUGGAUCAUCCGCUCACCCAUUCUGUUCGCCUAUCUGAUCAAUUUUUUUAUAUUUAUUAGAAUCAUAAAGAUCCUGAUGUCCAAACUAAAGGCUCAUCAGAUGAGGUACACCGACUACAAGUUCAGAUUAGCCAAAUCCACCCUAACACUGAUCCCUCUGUUGGGGAUUCAUGCCAUCCUGUUCACCUUCGUCAUCGACGAGUCCGUUGCCAGGGAGUCUCUGCUGCGCCUCAUCCGCCUCUUCUACGACCUGUUCUUCAGCUCCUUCCAGGGACUGCUGGUGGCCAUUCUGUACUGCUUCGUCAACAAAGAGGUGCAGAACGAGAUGUUGAAGCGGUGGAAGCGGUGGAAGCUGGGGAAAGACAUCGAGGAGGAAUAUCGCAACACGCAUAGCCAGACAGCCCACGCUAAGACUGCCAGCGCUAACGCCGCCCUGCCGCCGGAACGCUCGGACACCCCCGAGCCCGCGGAGUUGGCUCCGUCCUCCCAGGAGAGCCGCCGGCUCGUAGUCGGCUGCCGGAACGGUACGGCCGUGGCGAGGGUACAGGAAGGUACGAGCAACUGCAGCUCACUCACCGAGGACCUUUGUUUGGAGGAACGAGGGCACAAUACGGGUUGUCCUGUAGCGCCGGAUGAGUGUGACGUCUAAAAAAAAAACGAUACCCCUUGAUGAAGGUAGUGCCCACUGUGAAGACUUUACCAUUAAAGAAACAAACCACCAAAACAUGAGCUGCGCAGCACCAUCCACUUGAGUAUCUGGUAUCUAAUAUCCGUCGUGUUUGCACGUAUGUCAGCCAUGCUUCCUGCUGUCUGGUGGAUGUCUUAAGUGUGGUAUGCUCUGUGUUACGACCUGCCCUACCCACCGUACAUGUCUGUCUCCUCAAUGCCAGAAGGGUGUAAGGGUUGUAAGGGUAAGGGUAAGGGUUGCCUCAGCGGGUCAUUCUGGCAUCGGCAUACCUGACUUGGCACAGUUUACUGGGGUAAAACACUAGACUUCCUCCAUCUUUAGAAGACCAAAAGUCAAGUGCCUGUAAGGCUACAGUCAUCUGUUGCCAGAAGCCCAAAAGGUCCUAGCUGGCGAUGCUCUCCGGGUGAGAAGGGUGGUACUCUCCUGCCAAUGAAGGCAACAAGAGCCAAUUAUCGGAAUGGGAGUUCUUACUUAGCGUGGUCAUAACAGGCUGCAACAGCAGUCAAAGCCCAGUAUCAUAGGUCCUAAAAGUAUGUGGACACCCUUUCUAACGAUUAAGUUCAGGUCUCUCAGCCAGAGUUCUAGUUGCCUACAUGGAUCCCUGACCUCAACCCAACCAACCUGACUUGGCACAGUUUACUGGGGUAUGCGAUUUUUUUCCAGGCUCAUCUAACAGUCCUGAAACGCUAGAGUUCCUCCAUCUUUAGAAGACCAAAAGUU